AUCUUCUUCACAUGCCAUCACACACUGUCAAGAAAAUACAAACAUGUCUCGUAAUAGUUUGCGAUAGAAACUUUUCCAUUCAUCUUGUUUGGGGUCGAUGAAUAAUUUAACAUUUCGAAUUUAUUUGGUUAAAAAUGAAUACACAAUAGGUGAAGCGUAAAAGUAGCUACACAAAAACAUAAAUCCAUAAAUUCGAUUCAAAUAAAUAAGCGGACGUACGAUGAAUACAUCAACAGUGAGAAGUUUAUUUAAGUAUGGUUAUUCAUGGUGUGCUAAAGACGUAAUUGUUCAUCCGAGCACAAGUCGUAUUCUCUGCAAUUACCCAGCAAACAGAAAUUAUAGUACGCCAUGGCCACGGCGAUCACAGCAACACUUAUUCACAAUCGAUUUUAAACAGUGGAAUUUAAGUAACACAUUUAGUACGUUUGAAUAUCGACACUUCUCCACAUCUUUACCUCACAAUAGUCAGACUGCACUGAAUCCAAAAUCUCCCGACCAUGGUGAGGACGAAAAACCACAAAAGAAAAAGAUAGAAAAAUCGAUCGUCGAUGACAAGGUAGAAAAUCAACCGCAUGGUGAAAACCAGACUGAUAAUGUUGCCGAUAAAACAGAAACAGUUCCACAAACUGAAGAGAAACUAUCAUUGAUGGCUCGAUUCAAAAAGAUGUACAAAGAGUAUUGGUACGUUUUGCUGCCCGUCCAUUGUGUCACAUCUUGCUUUUGGUUUGGAAGUUUCUACUAUCUAUCAUCGAGUGGCGUAGAUAUCCCAUCAAUGUUGGAAUCGUUACACUUCAGUGAAACGGCGAUUGCAAAUCUUAGAGACUCGUCUCUCGGCCAUGUUGCCAUCGCAUACUUAUGCUAUAAAAUCGCAACACCAAUUCGGUAUACAGUCACGCUUGGCGGCACCACUUUAGCAAUUAAAUACCUUUCUCAGUGGGGAUACAUUCGACCAGUUCCAAAUCGUACACAACUCAAGCAAAUCUACGACGAUCAGAAGGCCAAAUUUCAAAAGAAAGAAUAAAAUUUAUUUAGCAUUGGAAAUUAGUUGGGUUACUUGGAUAUUUUUUAGACCAGAAAGGUAACAUCUCUCAUCAAAUGGAAUGGACUUAAGCAAUGCACAUGUUAUUUGUGAUUUGGAUUCAAAAUUUACAAUCGGAAAUAUGUUUUAUUUUUAUUGAAAGAAAAAAUGUAAGAAAAUAAAUGUUUGUUAUUCGAUAAUAUAA